AUGCUAAGACAGGACAAGAAAGGCCCAGCCAAGAGCAACCGCAGCGGCGAACUAAUUCGAGAAUCCCCAGAAUCCCUCAGAUGCAUGGGAACAGAAAGGGAAGCGUUUAGCAAUCGGAAUGCUUCAACAAGCGUCUGGAAUCGCCCUCAGCAGAGCUCACGUAUCAAUCCUCUCCUUCGCCCUCGUAGCUCAAAGCGAAUUCAGCCACCAACAAGCGGUGGUACGAUCAGCGCAAGUGUAGUGCUUCCAAAGGAAUCAUCAAUCCUCUCUCGUGAGCCCGCAGCAUACAUAUAUCCACCGAGGGCGUCUCCUCCACCUCUUGGCUCGUCCCGUUCCGUAUCAACGCUAGCUUGGCUUUUAACCGGCACUGGUGCGGGGUUAGUCAAUGCCAAGAGUGAAUGCAACACGUGCGGUGCCGAAUUCUCGGGUUCUUCGAAGCGAGAGCUUAUCCCUGCGAGAGCUGCCCAAGUGAACGGCAAGAUUUACGCGGACGUCUUAUCAAUAAAUCAGGCCAAAAUGGAAUUGAGUCAGAGAUUCCAAGGUUUGUUCGAAUUCUUCGCAGCAGUCUUUCAGAUUCUUGGCCUCCUUAAGCCAUAA